AGAUUGUCAUGCCAUGGCCUACUAUAAACGUCAAAUAGUAAAUUUAUCUCAUAUUUUUCAUAUGUAGUACAUAUUAUCAUAGUUUUAAAUUAAAAUAAUUUUGAAAAGUACAUAUAUUUUGUUAUUUUAAUUAGUAAAAAUGUUGCGCCGGCUCGCGACGUCAAUUAUUCAGACUCGUGGUGUUAAACAGUUAGUAAACAUCAAAUGGGUUAGACCUGAAUACGUACCUGCUUAUAAGCAAGAAAAAUCGGGAGAUUUAGAAGGUCUUCCAAAGAUACCAACAAAUUCUCUCCCAGAAGAAUAUGCACUGAGUGAAGAAAUAAAAGAUGCUCCAGAGCCAGUAAAAAAGAUUUUCUCAGUGGAACAUCUCGGAAAGAAAGAGUACAAUCGACUUGUUAAGAAGGAAUUAAUAAACAGGGUGAGAAGACACAAAUAUGAUGAAAACACUGCUGAGACAAGAAUUGCUAGGCUCACUGGUCACAUACGUUGCUUGCAAGACACAAUGGAACAGUUUCCGAGAAACGUGAAAGCAAAACAAACAGUUCAAGAGCUGAUAGACAAAAGAAAAAAGUUGUUGAAGUUUUUAAGACAAUAUGAUUAUAAGAAAUUUGAAUGGCUGUUAGAGAAGCUUAAUAUUGAGUACAAGGCACACCCAGAAACGUAUCAUAAAUUAUCACGUAAGGAAUCCUUACGUAAAUUAACAGAGAUGCACUGCGACGAUAUCCGUCGGAAUAAGCUAGCGGACUACAGAAACUUGCUAGAAAGCCAACAGGGACCAUUUCUAGAACAGAAACUUAAUGCGUUAAAGUUUAUUAGGAGUGAACAGAUUGAUUUGCAACUACCUAUAACUGUUUCUGAGCAGGAAAUCAAGAAAGUUGAACAACAACUGGAAGAUUGGAGAAAGAAUGACGAAAUCAAGCAACAGGCAAAGAAAAAGAAGCGAAAUAUACUUUUAGAUUAAAUGCCUAGGCCUUCAUUCUGCUUGAGAACUAUGUUUCAAUGAGGUAUCAAGGAUAUUUAUCGUGUGGUAUUUUAAUAAUCCGUAGUUACUGAUAUAUCAUCAGAAUACCAUUAUAAGAAUGAAUGAUUAAUUGUUGAUCUACCAUUGUUGAUUAAUGUAAUAGCAGGAUUCUGCCUUGGUAUGCUUUUUAAAUAGAAAGUAAAAAGUCAAUAAACUA